CGCCGGCGCACGCAGCCGCGUGAACGCAUGCGCGCUCUCGCCCCCGCGACCCUCACCCCUCCUACCAUAGAGACAGCGGGCGCGCUCCCCAGAGCGUCGCCCGGAAGCGGCUGCGUGCGGGGCGGCCCCACAGGAGCGCGGUGGGAGGUUUAAGCCGGUGGCCGGCAAGAUGGCGGAGUUUGCAAAUGCCACCCAUGAAGUCAUCAAUGUCACCCUCCAUACUACGCUGGCUGCUACUACCAAACUGGUGGUACCUACACCUGCUAAACCUAUCCUUCCAGUUCAGACCGGAGUCCAAGCACAGCAAGAGGAGCAAUCUAGUGGCAUGACAAUAUUUUUUAGUCUUCUUGUUUUAGCUAUCUGCAUCAUAUUGGUGCAUUUACUGAUAAAAUACAGACUUCAUUUUUUACCAGAGAGUGUGGCUGUUGUUUCUUUAGGUAUCCUUAUGGGAGCUUUUAUAAAAAUCAUAGAGGCUCAAAAGCUGGCCAACUGGAAGGAAGAAGAAAUGUUUCGUCCAAAUAUGUUUUUUCUGCUUUUGCUUCCACCUAUUAUAUUUGAAUCUGGAUAUUCAUUGCACAAGGGUAAUUUUUUUCAGAACAUUGGUUCCAUCACUCUGUUUUCGGUUUUUGGCACUGCAAUAUCAGCUUUCAUUGUAGGUGGAGGAAUUUAUUUCCUGGGCCAGGCUGAUGUAAUUUAUAAACUCAACAUGACAGACAGUUUUGCCUUCGGCUCUUUAAUAUCUGCAGUUGACCCUGUGGCUACUAUUGCCAUUUUCAAUGCCCUCAAUGUGGAUCCUGUACUAAACAUGUUGGUUUUUGGAGAAAGCAUUCUCAAUGAUGCAGUCUCUAUUGUCUUGACCAACACAGCAGAAGGUUUGACAAGAGAAAAUAUGUCAGAUGUAAGUGGAUGGCAAACCUUUCUCCAGGCACUGGGAUACUUUCUGAAGAUGUUCUUUGGCUCUGCAGCACUUGGCACACUUACUGGUCUUAUUUCUGCCGUGGUGCUGAAGCACAUUGAUUUAAGGAAGACACCCUCCCUAGAGUUUGGGAUGAUGAUUAUCUUUGCUUACCUUCCUUAUGGACUUGCAGAAGGUAUCUCACUCUCAGGUAUCAUGGCAAUCCUCUUCUCUGGCAUCGUGAUGUCUCACUACACACACCACAACUUGUCCCCAGUCACACAGAUUCUAAUGCAGCAGACUCUGAGAACUGUUGCUUUUAUGUGUGAAACCUGUGUUUUUGCAUUUCUCGGCCUGUCCAUUUUUAGUUUCCCUCACAAGUUUGAGAUGUCCUUUGUCAUCUGGUGCAUAGUACUUGUUCUGUUUGGUAGAGCAGUGAAUAUUUUCCCACUCUCCUACCUACUCAACUUCUUCCGUGAUCACAAAAUCACCCCCAAGAUGAUGUUUAUCAUGUGGUUUAGUGGUUUGCGUGGCGCAAUUCCCUACGCCCUCAGCCUCCACUUGGGCUUGGAACCAAUUGAGAAGCGACAGCUCAUUGGGACAACAACAAUCAUCAUAGUGCUGUUCACAAUUCUGCUGCUGGGAGGAGGAACCAUGCCCCUCAUCAGACUGAUUGAUAUUGAGGACUCCAAAGCACGCAAGAGAAACAAGAAGGACAUUAAUCUCAGCAAGACAGAGAAGAUGGGAAAUACCAUAGAAUCUGAACAUUUGUCAGAGCUCACAGAGGAGGAGUAUGAAGCCCAGUACAUAAAACGCCAGGACCUCAAAGGUUUUAUGUGGUUUGAUGCCAAGUAUUUGAAUCCUUUCUUCACCAGGAGACUCACACAAGAAGACUUGCAUAAUGGGCGCAUACAGAUGAAAACCCUCACAAACAAAUGGUACGAGGAGGUACGGCAAGGACCCUCGGGAUCCGAAGAUGAUGAGCAAGAGCUGCUAUAGCAGACCAGGGCAGGAGUGCAAUGAAGUUGUCAGUGGAAAGAGGAUUUAAGUAUCAAGAGUGAGACUGCACAAAAGCUGGAAAGCUAAGAAUGUACUUUGAUUUCAGACAAGUCUGCUACAUGUUUAGGUAUAAAACCGCAGAUCUGCUGUGCUUGGUAUUACUGGUCAGCGAUGGAAAGCCUGGAGUGUCAGAGACUGGACUGAAUGAAGACCCUUUCAUGCAGAUUUCACAGCAUAGCAAACUUCAUCCAGCCUGUUGAAAAGCAGAAACAUCUGCCAUGAAAUGAUGACAAUAUUUAAAGGGGGGAGGUCUUCUUCCUAUUAUGAAAUCUGCUGUAAACAUAUGUUGAGUACAGAGCCACUCUGUGACUCUGCAAAACAGAAGGAAUUGCACUUUACUCUUUUUUGUUUUUUAAUGAUUAUUGUUUUAUAGAUAGAUAGAUUCACAGCAUGGAGACUCUUGACAGUUGAUACUGUGAAUUUGUUUCAGCACUAGUAAGGGAAUCUGACUGGAAUCAAUCUAUGGUUUAUGGGAUUUGCAUGUUACGAGCCCAGAGAAGAUGCCUACCUUGAGAGAAAGCAGAUGUUGCACAUACAAGGAAGCACCUCUGAGAACUGCUGGUUUUGUCAUUUAAAAAAAAAUGUCUUGAUUUCUAUUUUAUGGGAUUAUUUUAUUUUUAUACUGAGGUAUUUCACCCACAGUACUGAUUAUAUUAUGGGCUGGGGGAGUGGGGGACUUGUAUGACACAGUACAGGACCGCAUCUGAAAUUGUCAUUUUUAAUGUGGGUUUUUCUUCAGCUAAAGCCACUUGCAGCUGGGUUUGUGUUGCUCCUUGCUGAGACUUUGGCUUCAAAUCUUAGAAAACAGCAGCUUUUGUUUUGCCUAAUUGAUGAAGUGCCCUUAACUCUCCAGAAUUCACUAGUAGAAUUUUUGAGUUCUAGUGGAAGCAAGAGCAGUGUGUGCAUGAGGAAGAAGAGCCCACACAGUCUGACCCAUGUGCAGAAAGGUUAACAUCGCACAUUGCUGAAGCAGUCUCAGUUGGGUUGUGCCAAACAGCUUCCAUUAAGCUGUCCUGCUUGCUAAUGUGAUUUUUCUCUUCUGCCUACACUGGUUGAAAAAUCAGCAGUUUCAUUUCACUUCCACAUGGCCCUGUCCACGAGCUCAGUUUGCAUUCACCUAAACAGACCUGCAGUGUUUGUUGCACCUUUGCCGUAGUUACACAGGCAGCGCUUUGCCGUGGCUGCCAACCCAAAUUCCUCCCUAGUCAGUUGCAUAUUCACUGUGGCAGUGUGACUUUAGUUCUGCACGUAAAUCUGACAAAAAACCCACAUGCUUGCUUCUGAAGGUGUAAGGCUUACAUUUUUGGUCUGGUUUAGCUACUAAGGUUUUUGAUCAGCUGCUUACCUGCUGGGAGGAAUAAAAGUUGAAGAAUGUAUAUG